GUCAGAAAGAACAUAAACAACAUUAAUAGCAAUUGCAACAGCAAGUUAUUAUGCACCCAUAAUAAUAUUUAGCAUUUCACACCUAGAUUUUUGUACUACACAUGCAUAUAGAAGCCAUUAAAUUAAUGAUGAUGUAUCCAGAUAAAUGUUUAGAAAAAUCAGCACUGAGUAAUCCAACGCCUCACCUACCGGUGACGGUUAAUGAAAUGCAUCAUCAUCAACAUCCAGCGCAUGCGGUACAACUAGUGCAAACGGCUGAAACAAAUCACCAUCCCCAUACUCAUCCCCAUACGCAUCAUCAUCAUCUACAAUUACAUCCGCAUCAUAUAGCCACACAUGCAAUAUUGCCGCAACAACAUGGUGCAAUGCAACAGCAUAGCCAGCACCAACAACAGCAGCAGCAACAGCAGCAGCAACAGACGCAUCAUCUGCAGCAGCAACAACAACUUCAACAUACCACCCCACCACAGCAACAUCAUCAAUUGCAAGCUCAACAGCAGCAACAACAGCACCACCAACAGCAACAGCAACAACAACAAACGCCACAUGUUACUGGCCAACAUCCGCAACAGCAACAACAAAGUCAACAGACUACACAAACCCACAACAGUAACCAACAACAACAACAGCAGCAGCAACAACAUUCUGCCAUGUUUACUCGGUUUGAUGCAAACAAAUCAACAAAAGGUGCCUCCAAACUGCGUAGAGAUUUAAUUAAUGCUGAAAUUGCCAAUUUACGAGAUCUACUGCCGUUGCCACAAUCAACGCGACAGCGUUUAUCCCAGCUGCAAUUGAUGGCUUUAGUGUGUGUGUAUGUGAGAAAAGCGAAUUAUUUUCAACAAGUGUUCAAACGGCAUGACAUUUCCAUACACCAAUCACCAACACCAAAUAUAGGAUUUUCAAAGGCUUUAUCUGGAUUUUUAAUGAUGCUUACCCAGAAUGGUAAAUUGCUGUAUAUAUCUGAUAAUGCGGCGGAGUAUUUGGGACAUUCAAUGGAAGAUCUUUUAAUUCAUGGUGAUUCUGUUUACGACAUCAUUGACAAACAGGAUCAUUCUGCCAUACAGGCUGAACUGAAUCGCAAUGUGCCGCCCCAACCGGGCCAACAUAUUAAUUCAGCUGCGGCGGCAGCUGCUGCCAUUUCAAAUCUCGAGGGUGAACAUCGCAUGUUUUUGUGUCGCAUGAAUGUUAGUCGUAAUGCACGCAGACAAAUGCGUUUUGGUGAUCAAAAGGUUGUACUGGUUCAGGGUCACUAUUUGUCAUUUUUGCCACUUUGCAGUCGCAACGAACCCGUAUUCUUGGCAACUUGCACACCAAUUGCCAUGCCAGAGACUCGAGAAUGUGUAGUGCAGGGAGCUACAAAUGUCUUUACAACGAUACAUUCAAUGGACAUGAAAAUAGCACACAUUGACAAAAAUGGCGAAUUUCAUUUAGGUUAUACAAGAUGUGAUAUUCAGGGCUUAUCCUGGUAUAGUCUAAUACAUUCGGAUAAUUUACGAGAGGCUCAAAGUAAACAUAGACUUAUAACUCAGUCAGAACAAGAUCGUUCAUGUAUUUUAUUAGUUCGUAUGCAACGUAGACAAGGUGAUUUUAUAUGGGUCCAUGUUGUAUUACAAGUUCGAGAUGCCCAAGACACCAACCAACAACCAGUCAUUGUUUGUACCAAUCAAGUAUUAAACGAACGCGAAGCUUCUGUUAUGAUACUCAAUUCAUGGCUUUAUCACUACUACACCGUACAGUCAAAAAUCCAAUUCGGUCUUCCCUAUGAUGGUGGCACUCGUGUACCGGCCACACCUCCCACAGCCGGCAAUCCUACAUCAGUUUAUUACCACCAUCAUAUACACCAUCAUACGCCCACAUCGGCGUUUUCGCCCACCUCCGUGGUUGGAUCACCCUACACAGCCCUACAUCAUCCAAAUAAUCAUCACCAAUAUCAUCAUCACAUGCCGCCCUAUGGUACGUUUCAUGCAGCAGACACAGCUGUGCUGCAGAGAACAAACGGUAACGGCGGUGAGAUAAUGCUGGAGACGAAUAGAGAAAAUUUUGUAAACGAUAUGAAUAUAAGUCAAGCCACAAAUGGUGGCAUAGAGCCGGUAGAUUAUAGUCAAUUGGGUGGAAUUUCAAAUCAUUCCAUAUCACCCUCCAGAUCGCCUCUAUCCAACAAAUCGAAUGCCGCCGGUGAUAUGCGUUGUGAAAGUACGAAUAGUUCUAUAUCCAGUCAUGCCUCAGCAGCCACUAGUUAUACCCUGUCCUGUGCCAGUCAUAGUAGAACUACCUCGCCGCCCGCUAAACGCAGAGCGGUGGGUAAAUUGGAACCUAUAUAUUUGCAGGAAAACUCCUCGGAAGUGCCGCAACAUGAGUUGCAAAAUGAAAUGGAUUCGGUGUAUCAAGUGCACACCCAUCGAGCCGAUUCACAUUCAUCGGUGAUAUUUGCCACUGUUGUACCUACCAGAAGUCGUCUGCUGAACAAACUCUUGCCACCCGAUCCCGCCGACUUUAUGGAUCAAUGGAAUCCCAGUCCUCCCUGGUCGGAAAGUAAUCAAAAAUUAUCAUUGGAUAAUUCCUCAUCCUCUCAACAGGAACUAAGUCCUUGUAUAACGACAACACCACCCACACCCACCAGUGCACCACCCUCUGUGGGUCCGACCUGUGCCACCGGUGUUCACACUUUGGGUUCAGCGUUCUCUUUCGAAUGGAUGCCGGAUCAGCUGGUGCCUGUGGUGGAUUCAUGUGUUACCUGCUUAAAUUCCGAAGGCUUGCCCGUUGUUGUUUCACAUCCUCACCACCAUCACCAUCAUCCUCAUCAUCAGCAUCAUCCUCAUCAUCAACAUCAUGUACAUCAUACAAGCCAUCCUACACAUCAUCCCCAUUGCCCGCCUGCCUGGACUUCUCAUAUGAUAUCUUCGGAUCAUUAUAAUCAUCUGAUAUCCAGUCAAAAUCAACGUGUUCUAAGUCUACCCGAAACGAUACCACACGAGAGAAGUGAAAGUUUGGAAGUACAAACGAAAUGCGAAAGAAUUGAUGAUUUGACAACUUCAAAUGAUUCCGAAAAUCAUCAUGAGGGUCACUGAAACAGUUUAAAGUCAAGUCAGAAAAAGAUUUACAUUCGUCUUGAAAACAUGGCUUAAUUAAAACAGAAUUCAAUUGUUUCAUAAAUUUAUGUACAAAAACCCAAAAUUCAAAUCAAUAGAUAAAAAAAAUCAAACUAAUCGGAAGUGCAGGUUACAAAAGUUAAUAAAUCUAUAAACAAUUUUAUAUAAAAUCGAAAACUUACCAACUAAUUAUGAAUGUCUGGUACAUUUAAACAAUACUAUACAAAAAUUUUGCAAAUUUAAAAAAUUUUCUUUAAAAAACUUACUCUUAAAUUUAGAAAAUUACUCCCUUGACUCUUUGGACUCUGGCCAGUUCAUUUUAAUGAAACUUUACUGUAACAAAAAUAAAACAAAUGUAAAUUGAAAAAAAAACACAAAAAAAAAUAAUUGUAAUUUAUUUUUAUUUUUAUGGCAUCUAGCACAUAAAUUAGCUUUUAAAUGGAAAAAUAGUGCAAUUUGUUUUUAUAAACUAAAUGAAUAUACCAUAAACUAUGAAUAUUCAUUUUAGAUAAGAAGUACAAUGCUUAAGUUUAACACAACAUACAUAAAAAUUGCUUUA